AUGGCUGCCGUGUUGUGGAAAGAGGUGCUGCUUCUGACCAGCCUGGUCGUAGUAUGCUACUGGAACAGCCUGUCAUGCGGCUUUGUUUUUGACGACGUCUCGGCCAUUCUCGACAACAAAGACCUGCGGCCCACCACACCCUUGAGAAACCUCUUCCUCAAUGACUUCUGGGGUACACCUAUGGCGGAGGAACGAAGCCAUAAGUCUUACCGUCCACUGACAGUGCUCACUUUCCGUCUCAACUACCUUCUGAGUGAGCUCAGCCCAGCCUCCUACCACCUUCUCAACGUAGCAUUGCACGCAGCUGCCUGCUUGCUUUUCUUACGCGUAUGCCGCCUCUUUCUGGACCACAACUCUGGCCUGGUGGCAGCAUUGCUCUUCGCCGUGCACCCCAUCCACACAGAAGCUGUAACUGGUGUGGUCGGCAGAGCUGAACUUCUGUCAUCAAUCUUCCUCCUGGCUGCUUUCCUGGCCUACACCAAAUCCACAAGUGCCAACCACUCCAUAGUGUGGUCUCCCAUUGCUUUGACCGUCGUGCUUGUAGCGGCAGCAACACUGUGCAAAGAGCAGGGAAUCACCGUUGUCGGCAUCUGCUGCGUAUAUGAGGUGUUUGUGGCGCAAGGGUUCACUUUACCUAUGCUGCUGGACACGCUGCAGCAGGCUUUGCGAGGCAAGGGCACCUUUCCAUACAAUGUCCUCCAAAUGCUACUGAAGCUCAUUGUGUUGGUCAUCAGCACGCUGCUGCUUGUCAUAGUGCGUGUCCAGGUCAUCCAGUCGCAGUUGCCAGUCUUCACCAGAUUUGAUAACCCGGCGGCUGUCAGCCCUACACCAACCCGCCAGCUGACCUUCAACUACUUGCUACCCGUCAACGCCUGGCUAUUGCUGAACCCGUCUGAUUUGUGCUGCGACUGGACUAUGGGGACCAUCCCCUUGGUGGAGUCUGCCCUGGACCAGCGUAACCUGGCAACGCUGGUCUUCUACGUCCUUUUAGGCAUGCUGGCUUACCGCAGCAUCACAUGCUCGCGCAGCUCAGCUAAGACAGUAGUCAUGGCCUUGUCUCUGAUCGUCCUCCCCUUUAUUCCUGCAUCCAACCUCUUCUUCCCUGUGGGGUUCGUCGUAGCUGAGAGGGUCCUGUACGUCCCAAGCAUGGGCUUCUGUGUACUGGUUGCACACGGAUUCAAGGUGCUCUCGCACAAAGGGUACCUGAAAAAGAUAUCCUGGCUAAUGAUCGGCGUGUUGCUGACCACUCACGCUGUCAAGACUUUCAACAGGAAUUGGGAUUGGGAGUCAGAAUAUACCUUGUUCAUGUCUGCUCUAAAGGUGAACAAGAACAAUGCCAAGCUGUGGAACAAUGUCGGCCACGCGUUGGAGAACCAGAAUAAUUAUGCCAAAGCGCUGCGCUAUUUUCUGCAGGCAACCUCAGUUCAGCCAGAUGACAUCGGCGCCCACAUGAAUGUGGGGAGAACCUACAAGAACCUGAACAAGUCCAAAGAAGCUGAAGACGCCUAUCUAGUCGCCAAAUCUCUUAUGCCCCAGAUUAUUCCCGGGAAAAAGUAUGCCACGCGCGUGGCUCCCAACCAUCUCAACGUUUACAUCAAUUUGGCCAAUCUUAUCCGUGCCAACGAGUCCCGGCUGGAGGAAGCUGACCAACUGUAUCGACAGGCCAUCAGCAUGAGGCCCGACUUUAAGCAGGCGUACAUCAGCAGAGGGGAGCUGCUUUUGAAGAUGAACAAACUAACUGAGGCACGCGAUGCGUACCUUCGUGCGCUGGAGCUCGACCGCUCUAAUGCCGACCUCUGGUACAAUCUGGCCAUCGUGCACAUAGAGAUGAAGGAGCCGUCAGAGGCGCUACGCAACUUUGAACAGGCACUGCAACUGAGCCCGCGUCACAAGCUGGCACUCUUCAAUUCUGCCCUCCUUAUGCAGGAGUCAGGCGAGGCCAAAUUCUGGCCUGAGGCAAACCGUCGCUUCCUGGCCUACAUAGAGGAAGAGCCGAACGAUGCAAAUGGUUAUUUCAACCUUGGCAUGCUGGCCAUGGACGCGGAGGAGAACGCGGCGGCUGAGCGUUGGAUGCACAAGGCAAUCGCGCUACAGUCAGGUUUCCGAUCAGCGCUCUUCAACCUGGCUUUGCUUUAUUCACAAUCGCGUCGCGAAUUGGAAGCUUUGCCUGUACUGGACGAACUGCUUCGCCACCACCCGGAGCACGUCAAGGGCCUCAUCCUUAAGGGUGACAUCCUUAUGAACCACAAGAAGGACACUGCUGGCGCCAAGGCCUGCUUUCAACGUAUCCUGCAGAUGGACCCGGGCAAUGUGCAGGGCAAGCACAACCUUUGCGUGGUUUACUUUGAGGAGAGGGACCUGCCGCGAGCAGAGCGAUGCCUAGAGGAGACGCUGGAGCUGGCCCCGCAUGAGGAGUAUGUGCGGCGGCAUCUCAGUAUCGUCAGGGGUAAGAUAGCAGCCAUGAACGCAGCUGGGCAGCCCCUAGUGGUGGAGAAGCCGAAAAUGGAGGAGGACGGAAGGCAGAAUCCACACGUCGAGAAAGAUGUGAGGAAAUCGUCAACAGAAAUGGACCAGUCGCAGUUGGAUGGUGGCCAGCCGGAAAGACGAACUGCGGCCAAGUCCCCCGAGGAGAAGGGCGACAUAGAGCAGAAGCGUGCCGCUGCCUUGAAGAGGCUCGAAGAGAUCGAGCGAAUUUUAAGUGGUGAUUGA